ACUAGAGCGGUGUACGGGAUGAGCCAGUCGUGCGAGGAGGAGAAGAGGCGGAGGGGAGCCUCGAUGGGUCAAGGCCCGCAACAUGAUGAGUGAGAAGCGAUACCUACCUUCGAGCAUCAGGCAGGCAAUGAAAGAGGUACAGGGAUAUACAUGACCCAGAACAGAUACCAGCCUUCAUGAAGAUACUCGGUCACUCUUCAUGCCUCCCAAGUGUCAACCUCCACCAGCAACUUCCGACAGGCACCCUCCGGCACAGUGCCACCAUCGAUCCCUGCUGCGAUGCCACUCCUGGCUGUAUAGGAGGAGUAUGAGCGCCGUCAGCGCCGUGCCCGAGCCGCCGAAGUCAUCCGGAAUCGUGAGCGUCGCGGGCUUGCUCUUCUCGAACACCUUCCUGUCCUUGGGCGUAAAUUCGGCAACGAGCGUUGAGGCGGACGGUCCGAUGUAGACCUGCGGGAUAAGUUCAGCGAGAGGCGCGAGACGAGGAAGCUUCCAGACGAGCUUGCUGUGAACGGAUCGUUCGAUUCAGUGUUCAGCAAGGGAGGAUACUAUCGUACGUACUGCUUCCAGAAACUGGUCGAUACCUUCGCCCUCCUCACGCGCACCGAAUGCCCCUGCACCUCGAACGUCUUCUUGCGCCAAU